GCGGCGGUAGGCGGGCGGGCGCGGGGCGGCCAUGGCGUGGGGCUGCGCGCUCUGCCUGGCGCUGGCGGCCGCGGUGCUGCUGGCGCUGCUGCGGCGCUGGCUGCGGGCCGACGGGGACCUCGCCGUGCUCUGGGCCGAGCGCAGCGGGAGGAAGCCAGAAAAUGAACUGCGUGGCAAGGUUGUCUGGGUGACAGGAGCUUCCAGUGGAAUUGGAGAAGAAUUAGCCUACCAGCUGUCAAAGAUAGGAGCCUUGCUUGCCAUCUCAGCAAGAAGAGAGGAUGAGCUGGAAAGAGUGAAGAAGAAAUGCCUUCAGAUCAGCAACUUGAGUGAAAAAGAUAUCCUUGUUCUGCGUCUUGACCUGACUGAUAGAAGCUCCCAUGAAGCUGCAACCAACAGUGUCCUUAAGCAUUUUGGCAAGAUUGAUGUUUUGGUCAACAAUGGUGGACGUUCCCAACGUUCUCUGUUUGUGGAUACAAACCUGGAUGUCUACAGUGCCAUAAUGGAACUUAACUACCUAGGUACCAUCUCUUUAACAAAACAUGUCCUGAAUCACAUGAUCCAAAGGAAAAAGGGAAAGAUUGUGACCGUGAGCAGUGUGAUGGGUAUCAUGGGAGCUCCUCUGGCCUCUGGGUACUGCGCCAGCAAGCACGCUCUGCAGGGUUUUUUUAAUUCUCUUCGGACUGAGCUGACUGACUACCCUGAGAUCAGUAUUAUCAACAUAUGCCCAGGGCCGGUACAGUCCAAGAUUAUACAAAAUGUCUUUACGGAGAAUCUCGGAAAGGCCAUAGAGAGCAGUGGUGAUCAGUCCCACAAGAUGCCAACUGACCGUUGUGUCCGGCUCACGCUGGUGAGUGUAGCCAACAAUCUGAAGGAGGCUUGGAUCAGCGAUAACCCCUACCUGGCCGUGUGCUACCUCUGGCAGUACGCACCCACCUGGGCGUGGUGGCUGAUGAACAAAAUGGGCAAGAAGAGGAUACAGAACUUUAAAAGUGGAGUGGAUGCUGAUGUCUCUUACUCAAGAAAGAAGAAUUAAGGAUAAAUAUGCACGAAAUCCUGCUUGCGCUAAGGCUGAAUAACACUUUUUUGUAUUGCAUGACUGCAAUAAAGGCUUUUUUAUCUGUUUUACCCGUGUCAUCGUGUAACUUGAAAAACAAGCUGUAUAAAGAAUAAAAAUCUCUUUCUAAACAUA